GAGGAUGUCAAAAAGAAGUUUCUUUGGGCUGCUGAAUCUGGGAAGAAACAUGUUUUGGAGGAAUUAUUGGCUGUAGAUGCAAGUCUUGUAAAUUGCCGUGAUAGUGAUGGUUAUACACCUUUGCAUAGAGCAGCUUAUGAAAACAAGACUGAUGUCGUCAAAUUUUUACUUGCAAAUGGGGCAGAUAUAAAUGCCAGAACAAAAGAUGACUGGACUGCACUACAUAGUUCAUGUUUUUGGGGUCAAACAGAUGCUGUUCGUAUUUUGCUCCAGUACAAAGGCUGUGACGUUAAUGCAAAAACAGCAGGAUCACAGACAGCUCUGCAUCUGGCUUCACAAAAUGCCUCCAGUUUAGAUUUGUUCAUUCUUCUUCUCAUGCAUCCUUUAACUGAACCUUCUGUUACCAACCAGCUUGGUGAAAAACCUGCAGAUAUAGCAAAGAGGAGCUUACCUUUUCAUAAUAUUUUUGAGAUUGCUGAACCUUAUUUGAACAUUUUGUGA